AUGGCCAAUGCAGACUGGAGCAAUAAAACAGCUAUAGAAUUCAUCCUCCUGGGAUUUGGGAAUCUCCCUGAACUGCAAGUUCUUCUCUUCCUUCUAUUUUCAGUUAUCUACACUGUGACCAUGGUAGGGAACAUACUCAUCAUUAUACUUGUUGUAAUUGAUCAGCACCUUCACACUCCCAUGUACUUCUUCCUGGGAAACUUGUCCUGCCUGGAAACUUGCUACACCUCAACUAUCCUGCCCAGGAUGCUCAUCAGUCUCCUGACGGGGGACAGAACCAUCUCAUUCAGAGGCUGUAUUGUACAAUUUUAUAUUUUUGGGGUCCUAGUUACUACAGAGUGUUUUCUCUUAUCUGUGAUGUCUUAUGAUCGGUAUUUAGCAAUAUGCAAACCAUUGCACUAUGGAGCCCAUAUGAAUGGCAGAUUCUGUGCCCUGCUGGUGGCUGGGUCUUGGAUAAAUGGCUUUUUGGCUAUUACCAUGACAACGUCUUUGAUAUCACAACUGCCUUUCUGUGGCAGUAAGAUUGAUCACUUUUUUUGUGAUUUCACUCCAAUGGUAAUACUCUCCUGCAGUGACACUCGCCUAAUAGAAUUUUGGUGUUUUGUCCUGUCAACUGUAUGUUCACUGCCACCAUUUCUACUAACUGUAACAUCCUACCUUUGUAUCAUCACCUCCAUCCUGAGAAUCCCUUCCACCACUGAGAGGCAAAAGGCAUUUUCCACCUGCUCCUCCCACCUCAUUGUGGUUACAACUUUCUAUGGGACUCUGAUCAUUGUUUAUCUCCUACCCAAAACUAAGAUACUGAGAGACCUGAACAAAGUGUUCUCUAUCUUCUACACAGUCCUGACUCCCCUGGUCAAUUCCCUCAUAUACAGCCUGAGAAACAAAGAGGUAAAAAAGGCCCUAAGAAAAGCAGUCAGUAAAUUUAUGGAUUUCACGAGAAUUUAG